AGCACUCCGUCAAGCUGCCCUCGGUAGUUCCUGUAGUCUCUUCAGCCCGCACACACAGCAGAGGACGUGAGGUUUCCAGAGCCUUUAUUUAUUUUGUUUUGUUUUUAUUUACAGUUAAACCAGCAGCAUAAGAGGAUGUGGGGCUUCUCUGUUCCUGUCGGACCUCAAUGAAACUUUUUAAUUGAUGAAUGAAGCUCGGUGAGGAGGAGAAGACCCGGAGAGACGAUGGGAGACUUUGAUUAGACACACGAAAACAUUAUGGCUGUGGACGCUGCAUCCAGUUUCAGUUUCUGCAGGCCAGCAGUGGAGUACAGGGCCCUGCCUGAGGACUUUAAGCACCAGCUGAGUCGGCGGACAGGUGGGAAUCUGACCUGGCAUGACGGCCGUGGACAGAAAACAGCAGGAGGCAGAACGGUGAAGCUUUUGCAGCAGCCGGGCACAGAUGUCCUGCAGUACCGCUCCGGUGACAACUAUGGGCUAUAUCACACAAGCCCCACACAGCCGAGCCUGAUCCGACCAGUUGUGCUCUGGUCCCAACAAGAUGUUUGUAAAUGGCUGAAGAAACACUGUCCUCACAAUUACCUGACCUACGUGGAGGCGUUCUCCCAGCAUGCCAUCACAGGUCGUGCUUUGUUGCGUCUGAAUGGGGAGAAGCUGGAGCGGAUGGGUUUAGUUCAAGAAACGCUUCGACAGGAACUGUUGCAACAGGUGCUUCAGCUCCAGGUGCAGGAGGAGGGACGCAACCUGCAGCUGCUCAGCAGAGGUUCCUUUGGAAAGAUUUCAUAGCUGGGAGAAGUGGACACGAUAGAAUUGUAGAAUAUUUAAGCAUAAAAAACUCCAAUGUGACUCAGAUCGGUGGGAUAAAAUCAUCCAACCAGCAGUGAAAUCCAGAUUAAUAUUAACUUGACGUUGGCAGCUUUUCGUUUUGUAUAUACAUAAUAGACAUUAUCUCUGCAGACUGUGAGCUGUGAUUUAAAAAAAAGGCAUCAUGACAAUCCAGUGAAUUUAUUACUACUAGUUAUUACUGUGUUACUGUCAUGGUCUUUUCUCUUUGCAAUUUUCUAUGUCCUUAAAAUGAAUAAAUAAAUAAAUGAAAAUA